GGUCAGACCCGCGGUCACACUGUUCGUAUGAUUCCCUCCGCUUUUUCGCGAAAUUUUGCAAAACUCGUAAACAUGUCCAAAAGUGCACUGAUUAUCUUGGCUCCUGGCGCCGAGGAAAUGGAGUUUAUCAUUGCCGCAGAUGUGCUGCGUCGUGCUGGGAUCAAGGUCACUGUGGCUGGGCUGAAAGACUCGGAGCCGGUGAAUUGCUCCCGCGAUGUGGUUAUUGUGCCGGACACAUCUCUGGCCAAGGCGGCCGGCGACAAAUUCGAUGUGGUCGUGCUGCCAGGUGGAUUGGGUGGAUCCAAUGCCAUGGGGGAGUCUGCAGCCGUGGGAGAUCUCCUGCGCGCCCAGGAAUCUGGCGGCGGUCUGAUUGCUGCCAUCUGUGCCGCGCCCACGGUGCUGGCCAAGCAUGGAAUCGCCACCGGCAAGUCCCUCACCUCGUAUCCCUCAAUGAAGGACCAACUGGUAGACAAGUACUGCUAUGUGGAUGACAAGAGUGUGGUGAAGGAUGGAAAUCUGAUCACUAGUCGCGGUCCUGGAACCGCCUACGACUUUGCCCUGAAGAUUGCCGAGGAGCUGACUGGCUUGGAGAAGGUCAAGGAGGUGGCCAAGGGCCUGCUGCUGUCCUACAACUAAAAAUCUCAUCUCCCAUUU